CUCACAACCGCGAUACUGGAGACAUGUCCGGCACCAAGAAGCAGAGAACUGAUCUCCAGAGGGCAACAAACGUGGUGUACCAGGCGCACCAUGUGAGCAGGAGCAAGCGUGGUCAAGUGGUUGGCACCAGAGGAGGUUUCAGAGGCUGCACUGUUUGGCUGACAGGACUGUCAGGUGCCGGUAAGACGACGGUUGGUUUUGCUCUGGAGGAGUACCUUGUUUCUCAUGGUAUCCCAUGCUACUCACUUGAUGGUGACAACAUUCGUCAUGGCCUGAACAAAAACCUGGGUUUCACCUCAGCAGACAGAGAGGAGAACAUCCGCCGUGUUUCAGAAGUGGCCAAGCUUUUUGCUGAUGCUGGCUUGGUUUGCAUUACUAGCUUCAUCUCUCCCUUCACUAAGGAUCGUGAUGAUGCACGAAAGAUACACAAGAGUUCGAACUUACCUUUUUUUGAGGUGUUUGUAAAUGCUCCGCUGGAGGUCUGUGAGAGCAGAGACGUCAAAGGGCUUUAUAAAAAGGCCCGUGCUGGGGAGAUUAAAGGCUUCACAGGAAUUGACUCUGAAUACCAGAGGCCAGAAGCACCAGAGCUUGUGCUGAAGACCGGAGAGCUCACAGUGAAUGAGUGCAUUCAACAGGUGGUUGAUCUUCUGAAGGACCAGGGAAUUGUGCCCAGCAGUGUUACAGAGGAGGUUAUUGAACUGUUUGUACCUGAAAAUAAGACGAACCUAGCACUGAGCGAGGCCAACACACUUCCUUCUGUAAACAUCACCAAGCUGGAUCUUCAGUGGGUACAGGUGCUGGCUGAAGGGUGGGCCACACCUCUGAAAGGGUUCAUGAGGGAGAGGGAGUUCCUGCAGGUCCUCCACUUUGGCGCACUGCUGGAUGGUGGCACCAUCAACCUCUCUAUACCCAUUGUGCUACCAGUCUCCAAGGAAGACAAAGAGAGACUGGACAGUUGUGCUGCUUUUGCAUUAGAAUACAAGGGUCGCAGAGUGGCAAUCUUGCGAAACCCUGAGUUUUAUGAGCACCGUAAAGAGGAGCGCUGCUCAAGACAGUGGGGCACGACGUGCCCCCAGCACCCUUACAUCAAGAUGGUAAUGGAAGGUGGUGAUUGGUUGGCUGGUGGAGAAUUGGAGGUGCUGGAACACAUCAAAUGGAAUGAUGGACUGGAUCAGUAUCGCUUUACGCCAAGGGAACUCAGACAAAAGUUUAAAGAAAUGGGAGCAGAUGCCAUCUUCGCCUUCCAGCUGCGCAACCCGGUGCACAACGGCCAUGCGCUUCUGAUGCAGGACACCAGACGCAGGCUCCUGGAACGUGGCUACAAGAAACCCGUGCUGCUGUUGCACCCGCUGGGAGGCUGGACCAAAGAAGACGACGUGCCGCUGGAUUGGCGCAUGAAGCAGCACGCUGCUGUGCUUGAGGAUGGCGUGCUUGAUCCUGCCAGCACCAUUGUGGCCAUCUUCCCCUCACCCAUGAUGUACGCCGGCCCCACAGAGGUGCAGUGGCACUGCAGAGCCAGAAUGAUCGCUGGCUCUAACUUUUACAUCGUGGGCCGUGACCCAGCGGGCAUGCCCCACCCGGAGACCAAACAGGACCUGUACGAGCCCACACAUGGAGGCAAAGUGCUGACCAUGGCGCCGGGCCUCACGUCUGUGGAGAUCAUUCCAUUCAGAGUUGCUGCUUACAAUAAAGUGAAGAAAAUGAUGAACUUCUAUGAUAAGGACAGGCACGAUGAAUUCGAGUUCAUCUCUGGAACCAAAAUGAGGAAACUGGCCCGCAGUGGAGACAAUCCUCCAGAUGGCUUCAUGGCACCCAAGGCAUGGAAAGUCCUCACUGAUUAUUAUAGCUCCCUCCAAAAAGAUUAACCCGAGUGGGCCAGUAAAACCAGCCUAAAACCAGUUCAGUGUAACGAAUAUGUAUUUACUACAGAUUAUUUAUAAGCCUCAUGAACUCCUGAGUCAUUCUGUAAUUAUAUUACAUACAGAUGAUUUUUAAUAAGAGAUUUUAUAGACUUUAUAGAGCACAGUGUAGGUUUGAAACAGCUGGUGCUUGAUUUGAGAUUAGGUUUAUCAGCAUAGUAACACUGUAUGUUUACUUUCCUGUAUUACCUUUUUACAUUUUACAUAAUCAUUUUAGUUUUUACAAUUUUUUAUUAAUCUUACCAAUGUAUUUAGUGUAACUUAAAAUUGUAACAAAAUGUAUUUAUGAAUGAAGAUGUUCGUCUGAGACGUACACAGAAACAUAGUUUUCACAAUGGCUGAUUGAACUACACCGAAAAAAAAAUAUUAUAUACCUCAGAUUCUUAAAUAAAAGACUACUUUUAUUACUGGAAUACCCAGUCUUUAGAUUUUAGUCCUACUGUGCCUGACAUUUUCAUAUUCAGGAUUAACUAGCGGUAACAAAAGAUCUAUGCAAAAAAGACAAGGUGUAAGUGUGUGUACAUGUGAAGGUGUUGUACUGCACAGUAUGUGAAGGAGAAAAACAUGUACAGUGGGGUCAAAAA